GUCGCUGUAAACAGAACGGGCUUGGGGAGCAGGACAGGGCAGACUUACUGCAACCGUUCUAGCGGUAUCCACGCACUUCACUGGUUCUUGUUGUUAGGAGAGAUAGUUCUGCGUUGAUAGUUCUUACAUAAGACGCCCGUCCUUAGCCCGUCAAGCCUGUGGACCGUUUGCCUUCAGCGCCUGGAACACACAUCGUGGUGCUUCAAGCCAUCGUGUUUGGUGAUCCUGCAUGCUACGAUAUCCAGAUGGAUGCUUCCUAAGAAGACAGUGACUAGUGCAUUUAUUUGUAGUGUGUGUGUUUUCUGAGGAACAUUUGUGGCGAUACGGGAUAACCCACGACCUUCAAGACGGAGACUUAUAUUCUGAAAAGGAUGGAUAGCCAGGAAAUCGGCCACAGUCCGCCGGGAGAUCCUGGAAGUCCAGAGCCAGAUGAUAUCGAAGACAGCUCCCGAAUAGCAAGGGCACUCGACGAGCGGGUGUGCCGGAGUACCGGUGGGCGCGAGCCGUGCGACGGCAUGGAUAGUGACCCCGGCUCAGCGCACCCGGGCUCCGCCUGGCCCGGUUACGAGGGGGGGCCCGGAGGGGGCGCCGCGGCCCCCCGGGCAACAGCGGGUAACGGAGGACCUCCCGAUGCCCCCGGGGGCCUGCCGCAGGACGACAUGGACAUGUUCUUCCACUCCCUCGAUGGAUCUCCUGGAUCGUCUUACUACGGAAACCACGCCAGGGCCGUACACGGCUACAGGCCAUCUCAUCCUCGUGUGUCCAGUGGCCAAGUGUGUCGACCCCAUUUCCACACGCCUUUGCACCCGUGGAUCUCAGCCGACCCUGCAAAGGCGGCCAUGGUACCCCACCACGGGUCCACGUGGUGUUCCCCGUUUCCCCCGGGCGCCAAGCCCCAGGGCAGCCCCCCAGCUCCCCCACCUUUGGCCCUACCACCGUCUCUGUCCACGUCCAGCCACCACUCUAGUCCGCACAACCUGUUCAGUUUCCCGCCGACGCCUCCGAAAGACGCGACGCCCGACUCCGCAGCAGAAGCAGCUCCUUACCCAGCAAGCCCCAUCCCGUUCUUCUUUGUCUCCAGUGGAUCUCUCGGCUGCGGUGACGAUCAGAAGCCAUCCAUGCUGACCUCAUUGGGUGGCUGCAAACAACGAGAAGGUAGUGGCUCCUUUCCGUCCAGUCCCUCUCCUUAUUCCCCCUACGCCCCUCCCGGCCCCCAACACCACCCCCACCAUCCCCCUUCGGAUUUCGGCGGAUACCACGGCUACCAUCCGGCCGCCACGUCCUCCAUACUCAGCAGCGUCAAGAGCAUUCAACACGCCGGACUCCAGGGCUCGGGCCCUGUCGUCUCGUACGGCUCAAUCGGCGGCGGCAAGACCAGGACUAAGGGACGGUCCAGCGCCGGGAGCAGUGGCUCCGGCUCUACCAGUGGCAGCAGCGGGAGCUCAUCCCGCCGCGAACUGCCGCUCGCCUUCCCAUCCCUCGAGCAGGCACCCUACUUCUGGAACGGCGGCCAGCCGCUGACGUCUGGCCCGCGCUCUGACAUCUCCGCCUUCGGAGAAGGACGUGAGUGCGUCAACUGUGGCGCAACGUCAACGCCGUUGUGGCGCCGCGACGGCACGGGACACUACCUGUGCAACGCCUGCGGUCUUUACCACAAGAUGAACGGCCAGAACAGGCCGCUCAUCAAGCCUAAGCGGAGACUCUCGGCAGCGCGGCGCGCGGGAACGAGCUGCGCCAACUGCAAGACAACGACGACGACGCUCUGGAGACGAAACCAGAACGGCGAACCUGUCUGCAACGCCUGUGGUCUCUACUUCAAGCUACACAAUGUGAACCGGCCACUGACCAUGAAAAAAGAAGGCAUCCAGACAAGGAAUCGCAAGCUUUCCUCCAAGAGCAAGAAGAAGAAAGGCGGCGGCAAUGGAGCCGCGGGACUCGCCAUGGCGCUACCGGACUGCAUCAAACCACUGGACAAGGGCUUCAGCAGCUUCUCGCCCGCGGGCCACCAGUUUGCCUCAUCCAUGUCCAUGACCAUGAACCACUACAUGCACCAGGGCAACAUGAACAUUUCCAUGGGUGGCUCUUUUGUCACUUCACCUCCCAUGCACAUGACGACGGCCGGCGGUCUGUCUGGACUCUCGCUCGGACCGUCUGCGGCGGCAGGCUUAGGCCUAGCCGCGUCCAACAGUAUGGUGGGCGCGAUGGCCUGAGGUGUGUGUGUGUGUGCAAUACGCGGAGACGUUCAGCAACGUGGACUUGGUUGAGAAGAGAGAAAACAAAAUGUGUGGCUUUGUGGUUUCGGUGCAGACCGGUUCGUGACUGGACUCGAAGUUUAAAAAGAGGCUAUGAAGUGUGAAGUAGAGGGGGGAAAGGGAGGUACGUGAUCGGAGACGAAUGCGAUUCCGAGAGGGCCGUCGUGGACCUUGUGGCUUCUGGUCAAAAAGUUGUAUAUUGUUUUUUUUUUGUUUUUUUUUUUUUUGCGGAACAUCCUAGAUGCAUAGCCUAAAUACAAGUUGUUUCAAUUCAUACCCACAGACUUCUGUGAUAACUUUAAUCCACAGCCUGUACCGCGUACUGAAGACACACUGACUCACAGCAGUCUUACAGAAAUUGCAGCUAAGUCUUGACUGCUGGCAUAAAGUAGUCAGUCCCAUCACAUACGAUGUUAAAAACAUGCGAAGAGCAGAAGCCACAAGUCCAUGCCUACCACAGAAAUGGCGGUGAAUGUCCCAUAUGUCAAACAGAAAGCGAAGCUCCAUAUGUGAAUACGAACUUCCUUGUACCUCGAAACGUGUACAGAACUAUCGUUCUCCGACGACUGCAGAGAUCUAUGAGGCCGACACCAGCAAUACUCAUCACUCCUGUGCAAAUUGCAGAUACUUAUACGUCUUGGAUCGCGGCGCGAGUGAUACAUCUUGAGCGACAGCAAGUGCACACGAAGGACACCUGACUGUGACCACACAACUUCACAUCGAACUGUAUCGGAAAAAACCACGCACGGCCGCGGAUUGGACUGAUGUGCCGAACGUGCAUUCAGAGACUAUCGAGAAAGCGAACUGCAAUAUUUUAAGCACGUGAUCUGUGCAUGUAUAAUUUUCUCUGUACAUAGCAUAAAAGGGUGUCUAUCUCGGGAGUCGAGCCACAUCACAAGACACACACAGCAGUGAAACAAACCAACAAAAAAAAAGUGUUCAUGUGUCACCUUCACAAACAAGCACGCAGAUAUGUGUGCUGCAAAGCUGGAUGAAACACGAACAGAUAAGCGACGAUAAAAUAGAGUGUACACACACACCACAAAAACAAAAAAACAUCACCGAGUUUAUUUUAUUUUUUAUUUUUUUUGCCAUCAAGUGUUCGUGUGUGACGAAAGGAAACAAUACCUCAUGAUGUAGUGUACCCAUUGCCAUAAGUGAAAGGUGACGACUAGUUCAGUUCAGAACGUGUUUUAGGCUGAUGCAGUAUUUUCAUUUUCUGUUCCCCUGUUGGAAGUUUCGGGAAGCUGUUUGGGUUUACGACCAGUUUAUUCGGGCCACAUUUUCUUGCUUUACUAUCAUCAGUUCGUUUCUCGUAUUUUAUAUUCGCGGAUUAUUUGUAAGGAUAAAAUGGUGGCAGAUAGUGAAAGAUCCCCAAACUUGUUUUAGUUUAACAAAAUAUUUGCUCGUAAUUUCUGUUAGGAAACUGUAUUAGAAAGUAGAGUGUACACAUGCUUGCGAGACCCAAAACUUAAUGUCAGCUCAGAGGGCGACAAAGCCAGAACAGGAACCAAAAUUUUCUACCUAUAACAAGCUUGAAUUUUCAAGCCGUCAUGCCGUUUCCAUAACCAGUUUUUUUUUUCCUCUCUUUUUGCUGUUUGGAUAUACUGUUGGCUUUUUAAUGCAAACGACAGUCAGUCAUCGAUACUAACAGCAGUAAUUAAUUAAAGAUUCCUCUCUGACCUUCACUCUUGAUUGGUGUUGAAAACAAACUUGGGUUCUCAAUUAUGUGUGCAAAGAUAAUGAUAUGACGAGGAUACAAAAUCUGCGAGCUCCUCUGUCUUGUGAUUCGUAUUGUGAUGGUCAAGAAGUUAUAGUACAAACAUUAUAAUUCCAAUGAAAGAAAGACACAAGAGCGACUUGAAAGUGUACGAAUCGUGUUACGCUGUAGUUUUGGUUUUUAUGCGGAGCAAAGGUGGCUUGUACAAAUGCCAAGACUUCUCUCUUUUUUUUUUUUUUUCCCCCCUUUGAUUUUUACGCAAAGAUCUCGACUGUGUUCUAUAUCCCGUUGUGCACAAUGUGUGGGCAAGCGUGAAUUAUUUAAGCAUUCUUACGACUGUUUGUAAGCGAGACCUUAAGCUGACGAACCUGUCAAUGUACAUAGCUAUUGAUGGACACGAGACAUAGGCACGAUCCAAAAUGCGCGCUUCUGUUUUGUGUGGCGUGAAAUAAAGAUGGUAUUAUGCGAACAAAA